UGCGGCCACAGCAGGUAUAAAAGGGUUCCAGGCUGGGGAGGGAGCACCUGCCACUGCAUCAUGGAGGGGGCUCGUGUUCUCGUGCUUCUCUGGGCUGCCUUGCUCUUGAUCUCGGGUGGAAAUUGUGAAAUUUGCUCAGCCCUGAAGAGGGAUGUUGACCUAUUCCUGAUGGGAACCCCCGACGAAUAUGUUGAGCAAGUGGCACAAUACAAUGCACGACCUGUAGUAUUGGCAAAUGCCAGAAAACUGAAGAACUGCGUUGAUGCAAAAAUGACAGAAGAGGAUAAGGAGCAUGCUCUCAGCGUGCUGGACAAAAUAUACACAAGUCCUGGGUGUUAAUGGAGCCAUCACUGCCAGGAGCCCUAAGGAAGCCACUGAACUGAUCACUAAGUAGUCUCAGCAGCCUGCCAUGUCCAGGUGUCUGACUAGAGGAUUCCAGCAAUAAAAGCCUUGCAAUUCA